UAGCUAUUCACCGAAGGUUAUUAUUCCUGAACUUAUUUUACUGACCGAUCUACCAUACUCUCCCAGGUUGCGUACCACGUUCAAUCUCGACUCGAUCAGCCCACUCCUUCGUGGUUGGUCUGGCCAUUCUUUGACUAUUUCUAUCUUAUUCUUCCAAAAAAGCCUCGGCAUCUAGUCCAUAGCCAUGGCGUUGGGACGCAGCUUCAAGCUUAACACAGGCUACAACAUGCCCGCCAUCGGGCUAGGAACAUGGCAAUCGAAGAAAAAUGAAGUCCGUGAAGCAGUCGCUGCAGCUUUGAAGGGCGGCUAUCGUCAUAUCGAUGCCGCCGCAAUUUACGGCAACGAACGGGAGGUAGGCGAUGGAAUUAGAGAAUCUGGGGUUCCUCGUGAGGAUAUCUUUCUGACGAGCAAAUUGUGGAAUACCCACCAUCACCCCGAAAAUGUCGAAGCUGCUGUGGACAAAACCCUUGCAGAUCUCCAAACGGACUAUCUUGACCUCUAUCUUAUCCACUGGCCAGUAGCAUUCAGUUACUCAACCACGACCAACCAGCCAGUCAAUGAGCAAACGGGCUUGAUCGACGUGGUGGACGUGCCGAUCAAGGAUACAUGGGCGGCCAUGGAGGAACUUGUGGCAAAGGGAAAGAUUCGCUCCAUCGGAGUUAGCAAUUUCACUCGCGGUAAAAUCGAGGAGUUGCUGAAGACAGCCAAGAUUCCUCCGGCCGUCAACCAAAUCGAGGCACAUCCGUACCUUCAACAGCGGGAUCUUCUAGAGUGGUCAAAGGAUAAGGGAAUUGUUGUCGCCGGGUACUCUCCUCUGGGUAACAACAUAUACAAUAUUCCUCGAGCGGUGGAUGAUCCCCUUGUGAUCGAAACAGCCAAAGCAUUGAACAAAACCCCUGCGCAAGUCCUGAUCAGCUGGGCCGUACAACGGGGCACGGUCGUCCUCCCCAAAUCAGUCACCCCGGAGAGAAUCCAAAGUAACUUUCUCGAUUUCAUCCUCCCUGAAGAUGCUUUCGACGCCAUUCAGUCCCUGGAACGACACCAACGAAUGAACUUCCCAGCCCGGCUAGGCGUCGAUAUUUUCGACGAGGUAGGUGAGGAGAGUGCCAAAAAGAGUGCAUUGGCGUGGGCCGAGGAACAGAAAAGGUUGAAAAGCCAGAUCUAGGAGAGCCCUGCUAGAUUCUCGGUCCCAUAUCAGGUCAAGCUAAGUCAUACUUGACUAGUCUUAAAGGCCGCCAAGUGUGUCAAUUGCUAUGUAGUAGCUUCAUUACUCUCGCAAGAAUAGGACGCACGUAUCUCAAG